GAGCUCUCCACCACAAACGUGUCCUUACACCACAGGAAUGAAGCUAAUCAAACGGACGCGUAGCACACAGUUAUUUUGCAUAACUUAAUGGUUUAUUAUCUAAAUCCACGUCUUUUUUGUUUCUCACAGACUGAACAGGGAAAGUUUUAUAUCCGAGGAGGAAUACCUGCCAACGAACGGAACGCAUCAUCCGCAAACCGUCACACCUUCGCCUCAGUACUGGAGUGCGUUGAGGAGAUCGGAUCUGCUUUCGGACUGCAUUUUCUUGUUUGUUUCUUUUUGGGGGUGAGGGACAAGUCCCUUAAAGUACGUAUAUUUUUCUUUUACAAAAUGAGUGUGGAUCUCUAGUUCUGUGCCCCGGUUUUCUGUAGGUUUGUGCGGAUCAUCUUGUGAAGUAGUUUUAGUUCCCGUAGACUGUUGUGUUCUCUCCCUUAUCUCUUUCUUGGAUGCUGGAAUUCAAGACUGACAGUUCCGUUCUCUCCUCAUGCCCAUGAAAACAACUAUCGGAUGGUAAGGAUUCCAGAGAAUGGUAAAUGAUCGAUGGAAAAUCAUGAACAGUGUUUCAGAACUCGAGGAUGGACAGCAGCAUAAAUCGCAGAGGAUGAGCUGUAGCUAUCUCCUAUGCACCAUCCUGCUCUUUGUUGCUGUGUUACUGGCUGUCACAGUAACCGGGAUCAUCCUUCUGAUGAACCAUUACCAAGCGCCCAGUGGCCCCGAUGGCCCCCCACUCAUCAGCACUAACCAGGAUGAGGGUAAUGCCCUGGUAACCAUUGAGAGAGGCGACGGCUCCCGCAUCAACAUCUUCAUUGAUCCCAACUGCCCCGACUACAACAAUAACUUCCUGCGUCUGGAGGGCGUGCAGACCUCACUGCUGCACUCGCUCACCGACCAUGACACUGAUCUGAAAUCAGUGAAAGGACAAGACCGGGCUCUGCUUGUUAAACUGGCUGAGGAGGUGGCCAAGCUGUCCGCCCAUGCCAGUCAGCUGAAGAUGGAGUACAACGCGCUGAGACAAGGCCAGGGCAACAUCGGGCAGGAGCUCAGCACUUUGCAGACCGAACAGGGCCGGCUUAUUCAGCUGCUGUCGGAGAGCCAGAUCAACAUGGUGAAAGUGGUGAACUCUGUGAGCGACGCGCUUAGCUCCAUGCAGAAGGAAACCGGAAACAUCAAGAGCCGUCUCAAGGCAGAUCUGCAGAGGGCUCCGGUGCACAGCGUCCGGCCCAAGGGCUGCACCAGUGGAGAAGGUUCCAGACCCAGGGAUUGCAGUGACAUCUAUGCCAGCGGGCAAAGAGAGGAUGGUAUCUACUCCGUGUUCCCCACACAUUACCCAGAAGGCUUCCAGGUCUUCUGUGACAUGACUACUGAUGGGGGCGGAUGGACGGUGAUUCAACGCAGAGAAGAUGGCUCUGUUAACUUUUUCCGUGACUGGGAAGCUUAUCGUGAAGGAUUUGGCAAGAUAACAGGAGAGCAUUGGCUUGGUAAGCCUUCCGUGUCACUAUCUGUGAUUCAACGCAGAGAAGAUGGCUCUGUUAACUUUUUCCGUGACUGGGAAGCUUAUCGUGAAGGAUUUGGCAAGAUAACAGGAGAGCAUUGGCUUGGCAUGAAACGAAUCCAUGCACUUACCAUUCAAGCCAACUAUGAGCUGAGGAUUGACCUGGAGGACUUCGAGAACAGUACCUCCUUUGCAAAGUAUAGCUCUUUUGGAGUGGGUUUGUUCUCUGUUGACCCCGACGAGGAUGGCUACCCACUGAGCAUCGCAGACUACUCUGGCACAGCAGGCGACUCGCUGCUCAAACACAACGGGAUGAAAUUCACCACUAAGGACAAGGACAACGACCACUCUGAGAAUAACUGCGCGUCCUUCUACCACGGCGCCUGGUGGUACCGCAACUGCCACACCUCCAACCUCAACGGACAGUACCUGCGCGGCCAACACACCUCGUAUGCCGACGGCAUCGAGUGGUCGUCCUGGACGGGUUGGCAGUAUUCGCUGAAGUUCUCCGAGAUGAAGAUUAGGCCAACCAAGGAGGAGAAUAAAUGAGUGAGAACUAGAAAACUUGACUAGAAGAGCUCAAAGAGGGCUGUAGGUGUUAGAGACACUCAAUGCAGAAACGCAAGAACUUUCCAGCGACAACCUCUUUCUCAUGUUUCUGUUUUUAUUCAUCUUUCAAUUCCCGUUUUCCCACCAUCUUGUAGUGUUUGUGCUAAUGCCGAAUGGGCUGAUGUUUUUCUCUUGUUCUACUGUUCACAUCUCUGAAUAUUAUUACGAAACAUUGCAGGUAUUGUCAAAAAUGUACUAAUGAAAAAAAAAUCGAUAGUCGUUGUCUAAAAAAAAUAAAAAAUAAAAACAAACAAAAAAUACUUCUGUAGCUGUGAAAUUUAGCAAGAACGUGUAGCUUUUCAUAAAAAUAAAGACUUUUAACUCUUCAGACAUCCGACAGAGAGGCAGCUUGUCCUAUGUUAUUUUCGUUCAGUGCUUAAUCAAUAACUUGUAGUUAAACAUGACAAGGUUGCUAUUGGUGUGUCCAGCCCCUGCUGUAAUAUCUGGGAGGUAACUAGAUUUUCCCACAUGUCGAGUAAAUAUGUUAUUGACCACCAGAGAUGCUCAAAGAGAAUAUGUGUCACAGUGGUGGCUUUCAGAGUGAUGGGCCAGUACAGGCGCAUUUUUCACUCUGACAGGUCAGUCGGUGGAAGGUUUAUCAAUGGAGAAGCUGAACGUCUCUCAGAAAACACAAUAACCCUUUGGUGUUACUGGCGGAUAGAAGAGUGUUGGAUUUUAUCUUAUGCACAGUAGGUCAGAUUCACCUGAAAUCACGAUGAGAUGGAUUGACGGAGCUUUAAGGCUUAAUCUUGGAGAAGAUCUGAGAACUGAACUUUUUUGUUGUUGUUGUUGUGAACAGACUGACCCUUCUGGUUUAAUUGUCAGAUCAUCCUGCUGAUCAUUUCAGUAGCUUAUUUAGUAGCUCAUUAGUUUGCCACCAGUAUAUGAUCAUGUAUUAAUUUAAUGGCAUUUGUUUCAGGUAAAUUGUGAAGUUCUCAAAAUCUUUUGCUUAUAGGAAUAGUUUACCCUAAAAUGCAAAGUGUCGAGAUUUAAAUUGCAUUUAGGUAUUUAAAGCACACAUAUUUUAUAAAAGUAUAACAAGUGUGUGUGUGUGUGUGUGUGUGUGUGUG